GGUCUGUCAGCCUUAUCCAAAACGGUUUGCCUAUUGACGGUGGUCAAGUUGUGUUGUAUGUCAUGCACUCCUUUCUUUUCUCUCUUAUAUAUAUAAAAUUGCUGUUUCCUUUGAUUUCCUCAAGCUUAAAGACCAACAACAAAUACAGAAAAACAUACACAUACAAAUUCAGUUUCAGAUAAUUAGUUACAAUAUCUCUCAACAUGUCUGACAUUGCUAUGUUGGUGGCGGAGGAGUACGAGAAGCGAACCAAGAUUCUGAAAAAGGAUAAUCACGGUGCCGUUGGAGACGGAGAUAUUAUCAGGGUUUCUGGUGCUUCUGUAUUGGCGUCCAAGCUGAAAGAGGAGAAGAACAGGGUUCUCAAAUGGUUUUCAGAGUUCGAACCCAAAUCACAGUUUGGUGUGGCUGCUUCUGAUAGCUUCUUCUCUGCUUGAAAAUCAAAAUUCACAAAUUUAAUUAUCCAUUUCAACUAGGAUUUGCAGCAAAUUGUGUCUCGUUUUACUUUCACGUCAAAUCCUGUAUUGUACAUAGCGAUCUUCAUGAUCUAAGGAUAUUGUGUUUAUAAUCUA